AUGUACGGAAUUGCUCUUAGACAUAGGAAAUGGAAUAGUCAAGGCCAUUCUUCAUUUUAUAUCUCUACUAAUCUUCAUAUUUUUAAAGAAAUCAAUUUAGAAAAUAUUACAAAUAUCAGCUUUAUUAAUACAAAUAUUCACAAUGUUAAAACUAUUUAUGAAAAAUUUAAAAAUUCAAAAACUUUAGUGUAUUUAAAAGUCAUCUUAUCUGAUCUUAAAUAUUGUGUUUUUACAGAAAAUUUACUUAAAAAAAUUCUUGAUAAUGAAAAUAUUGAAAACAUUAUUAUCGAAUUUGAUUGGAAAGAAGAAAAUUUCUUAAUUAACAAAAGAAAUUCUAUUAAAAAAUACAAAUGUUGGGUAACAAAACAUCAAUAUAGAUCUUCACACCCUUCAUAA